CAGAUGCAAUCAGUAAUUCGCGCAUGAUGAUGCAAAAAGUGUUGUGUUUCGUUGUGAUUCUCUCAGCAUCUGUACAGUGUUCGGAAAAUCCUGGAAGCAUCGCCACGGCUGCGUUCGGCUAUGAGUUAACCAUGAGUGGAUUGGAAGCAGUGAAUUACAACUUGCAGAAGUUGAUCCUUGAAUCCAAGCUUCAUUAUAACUCGCUCAGAGCAGAUAUUGAAGGGUGCCAGAGGAAACUUGAAAACUCAGAACGGAUUAUGAAACAACAAGCCAAAAUGCUGGGUAAUCAUGAAAUCCAAUUAAGAAAAAUCGGUAAAACGGUUGAAUCUGUGGAAGAGAUUUCGUACAUCCGAAAUGAGUUGGAUAUGCUUGCAAUAAAUGUUUCCUGGUUGCUGAGUGACACUAGCAAGAUUUAUCGAGUGCAACAAACGCUCCCAACAACGGAAAUGAUGAAUUUGUAUAUCCUUCAAUUGAUAGCCAACAAACUCAAUACAAACGCAACGAUGCCUUUGGAAAGAAUAAAUCUGCCGCGGACAUGCGCAAAUGUGUCAGAACGGCGUUCGGGAGUCCGGCGGAUUCAUCCACAACCGGGCUUCAAAGAGUCCUUCGAAGCGUACUGUGAUCAAGACUACGAAGGUGGCGGUUGGACUGUGAUUCAAAAACGUUUCGAUGGGUCAGUCUUCUUCUAUCGUGGAUGGAACGAAUAUGAAAACGGAUUUGGUAAUUUGAACGGAGAGUUUUGGCUUGGAUUGAAAAAGAUCCAUGAGCUUACAUACGCGAAACGUCAUGAGCUGCACGUCGUGUUGGAGGAUUUUGAUGGAAUAAUGGCGGUAGCUAAAUAUAAUCAUUUCUUGGUUGGCGGACCAGAGCAAAAAUAUGCCCUGAAUAAGCUAGGAAACUAUACAGGAACCGCCAGGGAUUCGCUCGGUUAUGCGGUUAAACUGAAGUUUAGUACACUAGAUUCCGACAACGACACUCACAAGGAUGGAAGUUGCGCGGUUAUGUACCAAGGUGCAUGGUGGUAUGGUGCCUGUCAUGCAAGCAAUCUCAAUGGGCUAUAUGUGAGAGGAAACAUAUCUGAUUAUGCUAACAUGAUGUGCUGGAAGGCAUUCAGAGGACACCAUUAUGGCUUGAAGAGCUCCACGAUGAUGAUUCGAGCCGUCGUCUAAAAGAAUCCUCAUACAUUGACUUGUAGUUACGUAGUUACAAGACGACAAAAAUUUCAUCUUGAAUAAAAAAUCAAUGCAAAAUUACAAAAUUACAAAAUGUUUCUCCGAUUUUCGUCAAAAGUGACAAUUUUUUUUUAUCGCAAAACAUUAGACCCGUAUUUUUUUAAUUUUUUUUAUUAUGGUAUUCAUUUCUAUCUAAAUCUAUUUUUUACAAUUUUUCCCAAAAAUUGAUUUUUUCAAAAAUUCAUAACUUUUGAAACACUGAACCAUUUUAGAUGAUUGGCUUCAAUUUAAUGGAAAAAUUCAUGGAAAAAUAUAAAAAAUAUGGUUCCCUCUAGUCCAAAGCCAUGAAAACAAUAAAAUGUAGUCGUUAUCAAUAAUUACGAAAAUAAAAUCCCUCUUUGAAAAAUAUUUGGCUCAUUGGCUUUAAUUUGAUAUAUCGAUCAUCUAUUUCGGUUCAGAGGUUCAAAAGUUAUGAAUUUAGAAAAAAGUCAUUUUUGGGAAAAAUGGAAAAAAUGACUUUUCAGACCACCCUAAAAUGGAAACGCACUUUAAUAAAAAAAUAAAAAAAAUACGUGUCUAAUGAUUUGCGAUAAAGAGCAAAAUUACCACUUUUGACGAAAAUCUGAGAACCACUACAUCAGUUUGACAUGUAAUGGCUCAAUUCUUGUAAUGGAAUUUCAUUCAAAAUUGUUUUAUUCCUAUGAUAAGCGAUGUGAUGAAGAAUUCGUUUCAUUUAUAACAUCAAGAGAUAUUUAGUAAGACAGAUAAAAAAUAACGAGUUAGCGAAAAGUCUAACUAAAUGAAUUUGUUGAGAAGGCCUCAUCCAGUAUGAAAUAUUGUUAAAAAACGCAUUCGUAAACCCUCAAGGGAACGAUAAUACAUGGUUUUCCUUUCUAGGUUCAUUAAAUAAGGCCCGAUUCAUAUUCAGAAAUGUCCACCUUUCCUUCACCGAAACGUAUGACCAAAAUUCAGAUGACAGAGUUAACUUAUUUGAUGUGAGUGGUACAGAAGCCACCCUUUAACACUCUUAUACUCGCGCAUUGGUCUGUCAGACCGAGAAAUCAAUAAUUCGUUCAUUUCUCAGAAGAUAUCAACACUACGACUUUGCGAUUCUCUCUAGCUUCGUUAUUCGUCGUUCAUCAUUGUUUAGCGUAUCGCAUGUGUUGGUUCAAAGGGGACGUGUGCCACUUUUCUAACACUUUCGGUCUGAUACACCGACGCGAGGAUAGGAGUAACUUUUUUGGACAAGUGCCUUUUUACAUAUUCUAGAAUAUUGGUGAAUGAAAUGUAUAAAUUAAUGUUAGUGGCAUGGAAUAUUUAUUGAAUAUAAUGCAUUAGAUUAUUACCGGACAA